AAAUUAUUCGUCCAACUCUAGACACCGAAAAGGAAAAUCUAAAACUAUAAAUACCAUAAUAAUUAAACGAAGGCAGCGAACCGAAUCAAAGGCUAACAGUAACAACAGCUUUAAUCUAAAAUAGAGAAGAAAAUGAGUUUUCUAGCCGGAGGAAGACUAGCAGGAAAAGAAGCAGCCUUCUUUUUCCAGGAAUCCAAACAAGCCGUAAACCGUCUAGUCGAGAAAUCCACCCCAAAGACCCCUACUUCCACCACCUCCGCCUCCUCCUCCGGCGCCCCGAGUCAAGAAUCCCAAGCAGACGUUCUUCCCGAGAUUUUGAGGCAUUCUCUUCCCUCCAACAUCUAUGGUAAACCGUCAGAUCCGUCUUCACUAUCUACGUCAUCGAAGUGGACCCUUCACUCUGAUCCUAAUAACUCAUCUUCUGUUUCACCUGAUAAACUCAAUCCUCUUAGAGCUUAUCUGUCUUUUCCUCAAGUCACUUUUGGCCCCAAAAGGUGGGAAUUGCCGUCACAAGAGAACUCGGUUUUGGCUUCCACAGCUAACGAAUUGCGAAAAGAUAGAUAUACCCCUGUUAAUCCCGAUAAAUUGAAGGCUGCUGCUGCAGGCCUAACUCACAUUGGAAAGGCAUUUGCAGUUGCUACUGCAUUAGUGUUUGGUGGAGCUACUUUGGUUUUCAGCUUUGCAGUCUCCAAGUUUGAGCUGCACAAUAGUGAUGAUAUCAAAAACAAAGGGAAAGACCUCGUUCAACCAAAAUUGGACGUGAUCAGAGAGCAAUUAGUGCCUUUGAGAAUAUGGGUUGAAGGCACGUCAAAGAAAUGGCAUCUCAAUAAGGAGGAAGAUAUUAAAGAGAAGCCUAUCAUAAAGGAGCUUUCUAAAUUUUUGGGUGCUAAAACCUCCAAUUGAAUUUUGUGCAACAUUGUAUUUAUAGAUAGUGUUGUGUGUUGGUAUCGUAAUCCCCUAAAAAAUUAAAAAGAAAAAAAAGAAUAAAGAAUAAAUUUGUUGUAUAA